AUGCAAAACUGUGUCACAGGCAUUGCCUGCAACAGUUGCUUGGUCAUUAAUAAUCGUUGGCACGGGAUGUUUUUUUAUCUGCUCGCUCCGGCAAUAAUUUUACAAUUCUCGGCUUGGGGCUAUGUUUUAUGUGCUCUCGAUGCUAUUCUAUUUCUUUUUGUUAUGUCCAACCUAUUUAUGGCAACCACAAUGGAUCCUGGAGUUCAUCCUCUCGCAAGCGCUGCGGAAGAAACGCAGUUAGACGAUUUUCGUUCACCGCUUUAUAAAAACGUGGAAAUCAACGGUAUCACAGUUCGUAUGAAGUGGUGCGUUACAUGUAAAUUCUACCGGCCGCCAAGAGCAUCACAUUGCUCCGUAUGUAAUCGAUGUAUAGAUGCUUUUGAUCAUCAUUGUCCUUGGGUACACAACUGCGUUGGUCGACGCAACUAUCGUUAUUUCUUCUUAUUUUUAUUUUUUCUUAGUCUGCAUAUGAUUUGUGUUUUCUCAUUGGCGCUGAGUUACACAGUUCUGAACAGAGCGGAUUUGCUGACAAGGCCGAAUAUGUGCUCAAUUGUUCUGAUGGCACUUUGUGUGUUGCUGGCGGUACCUGUCGUUGGCUUGACCGGUUUCCAUGUUGUUUUAGUUGUUCGUGGCCGCACAACCAAUGAACAGGUAACGGGGAAAUUUCGGUCGGGAUACAAUCCAUUUACAGUUGGUUGUUGGGGCAAUGUUCGUCGUACUCUAUGUGCAAGUCAAUAUCCUUCCUUCGAGACGGUGUCGACAAAGAAAAGCCGAAAAGGUGAAAAAGGUUUUAGAGAUGGAAUGCCAUCUAUGGUAUAUGUUCCUGACAAAAAUUCUUUCUCCAAAGGAGGUGGACGUAUUAGAAUGCGACAAGUUCCAGAUGAUGAUCAGUCUAUUGGCACUGCAGUUUCGAUGAGCCAUUCAUUUCCGGAGAAAGGAUCGAAAUGUAAUUUAUUCGAUGAGCAGGAUAAUAAAAGUUUGCGCCGACAAAGUGCUAUAUAUCAUGCAGCUGUGGAAGAAUCGAUGCGUUCAGCGCACAAUAAGAUUACUAUGCAGUGCAGCACGAGUGAUAGUAGGAUGUCCCCAGUGACCAUUAAUGACAAGGAAUCAGUUUCAUCACCGGCUGCUUCAAGUGAUUUCGGAAUGAUUCGUUCAGAAAGUAUAUUUGCUAAUGUUAAUUCAGAUCCCGCCAGUGGUUUUCGGUUUGUCGAGAAUGGUGGGCAACUGAUUGAUAAGUCGAGACCUCUGAAGUUCACUGAUGCAGUGCGUAUUCAUGAAAGUCUCAGUACCCAUAAUGUAAAUUCAUAA